GGUGCCAGGCCACCUUCCCUGCAGUUUGAGGCUGGAGCAGGAUCGUUUUAACUAAAGAUGGAAACACUGGAGUCGGAAUUGACCUGCCCAAUCUGCCUGGAGUUGUUCGAGGACCCCUUGCUGCUGCCCUGCGCCCACAGCCUCUGCUUCAGCUGCGCCCACCGCAUCCUGGUGUCCAGCUGCUCCUCCGGCGAGGCCAUCGAGCCCAUCACCGCCUUCCAGUGCCCCACGUGCCGCUAUGUCAUCUCCCUCAACCACCGCGGCCUGGAGGGCCUCAAGAGGAAUGUGACCCUGCAGAACAUCAUCGACCGCUUCCAGAAGGCGUCCCUGAGCGGCCCCAACUCCCCAAACGAGAGCCGGCGCGACAGGACCUACGGCCGAGGCCCCGCCAAGUCCGGGGGCGACGAUUUCAUCGCCUGCCAGUUCUGCGAGCAGGACCCGCCCCGGGACGCGGUCAAGACCUGCAUCACCUGCGAGGUGUCCUACUGCGACCGCUGCCUGCGCGCCACCCACCCCAACAAGAAGCCCUUCACCAGCCACCGCCUGGUGGAGCCGGUGCCCGACGCCCACUUCCGAGGGCUGACGUGCCUGGAGCACGAGAACGAGAAGGUGAACAUGUACUGUGUGGCUGACGACCAGCUCAUCUGUGCCUUAUGCAAACUGGUGGGGCGCCACCGCGACCACCAAGUGGCGUCGCUCACCGACCGCUUUGAGAAGCUGAAG